GAGAAGAUGGAGAAGUUCCAGCAGUUUGAGAAGUUCCAGGCCAACAUGGAGGAACACAGGCAGAAGGCAGAAAAUAUGACGAAGCUCCAGGGAGUGCUUAGACUCCAUGCUCAGGUCCACAAAGAGCAGGAGUUCGCCGAGAUGAUGAAGACCUUUACCCAGAAGAAGAAGCAGUACGUGUUCACCGUCGUGUAUGAACUGAUGAAGUUCUGCAAGUGCAGCGAGUCUAUCAUGGAUCUCCAACGCUUCUUCAAUCCCGACAGCGUGCGCAACAUGAACGAGGUGCACAGCAACAACACUGAAGUAAUGGACAUCGACGAACACCUGGCCUUCCCACACCCAAGGACACAAGAAGAGGCCAAGAAAAUGUUCAUGAAGGGGCUUGUGAAGACGCUGUGUGUGAGCGCAAAGGAGUACGUGCAUCACGUGAGGAUGUUCGCCGCCCAUCACCUUGCUCAUCACUUCGCCAUGGAGACCAUGGGAGACAUGCAGACAGCGGGCAACACGGGCGACAUGCAGCCAAUGGGAGGCAUGAUGUCUGAUGAUAAAUCUGGAAAUUACGGCUUUUAGGCUUUUAGAUGCCGAGACUCACAGAGACGUGAAGCACGUGUACAUGAAGAUCAGUUACGUAAGACGCG